CGUCAGCAACAAGAUACAAUCAAAAGAUACUUUGGAUAUUGAAGCGCGCGACGCACGUGCUACAGAUGACUCAGGUGCUUAAUCCAAAUCUCCAGGCACCGGAUAUCGUCUCCGUCUGGUGGCUACUUUGCUCGACGCGGCCGCAGUCGCUCGCUCCUGCUCAUUCUUCAAUUUGCCGCCUCCUGCGCAGCCACCUCCAACCGCUCUUCACUCUCUCUCCAACCUCAAGAUGCUGAGUCUCUACCCGUCGUCUGUUUUCGACGCCUACAGGAAGGAGAAGACCCGCUUCUCGGCUUCCAUCGAUGCCGUCGUGGAGCAGAUCCACGCUGCUUGCGACGGUGUCGGAACGGACGACAAGGCGCUCGUGCAGCUCAUCGGCCCGCUAUCGCCGAAUGACCGUGCUCUUGUGUCCCUUCGCUACAAGGAACUACACGGUCAGACGCUGCGUGAACUCGUCAAGAGCGAGACGUCGGGCAACUUCGGCUAUCUGCUGCAGCUCAUCAGCUUCCCUCUGCACCAGGCCGAAGCCUACAUUCUCUUCCACGCCAUGAAGGGCGCUGGUACCUCGGACCACCUGCUCUACUCGGUCCUCAUGGGCCGCAAUAACGAAGAGAUCGGCGUGCUCAAAAAGGCCUACUUCGAGAUGUACGACACGGAUCUCUCAGUCGCAAUUAGCGACGAGAUCAGUGGCGACUUCCUCGCUGUCAUUAUGAAGGCGCUCCAGGAACCUAUGGUUGAGUACAAGCCUUCGUUCCACACUAAGGAAAAGGCUGCUGAGGAUGCUGAGCUCAUCUACAAGGCCGGCGAGGGCAAGUGGGGCACCGACGAGAACGGAUUCAUCAAGGUGCUGCUGGCGAGCCCGCCCGAGCACCUGCGCAACAUUGACGCGGCGUACCAGGCCAAACACGAGCACGACUUGGUUUACGCCAUCCAGAGCGAGUUCAGCGGUAGCGACAGCGCCGCUCUUACCUUCUUCGGUACGUGUGAUAUUUUCUUUUGAACACUGAAGCAAGACUAAUAUUUGCAUUAUUUUUCUCUAUUGCAGUUCGCAUCAGCCUCAACGCGUGGUCGUUCCUCGCCGAGCACAUUGAAGGCACCAUGGCCGGCAUUGGCACGGACUCGACGGCUCUCAGCGCUGCCAUUGUGCGCUACCACUCGUACCUGGGCAACAUCAUGCCGGUCUACGAGAGGAAGUACAACAAGACGCUGCAAGACCGUAUCAAGGAAGAAGCUAGUGGCGAGUACCUGGAGCUGCUGCUGCAGCUGCUCGAGACUCCGCGCCCCAUCGGCAGCUUCGCGUAAAUGUCAAAAAGUCAAGAAUUGUUCAUGACAUGAAGUUUUUCGUUGUCGAACUUCAUGAAUUCACCCACAAAAAUCCAAUUCAAAAUUUUCUGAUAUACCACUUGUACUACUAUACCAACACCUGUGAUUUAUAAUACUAAUCAAAUCAAGCUCUUUAGCUAAGGAAA